UCUUCUUGUCCCAUUAAGAUAUAAACCUUGGCAUUCUUUUCCAAUCUUAUGACUUCAACAAUCUUUUAAAAAAAUUAUUGAAUAUUCUACAUCUUAACUUCUCUCCCAAGGUCAAUAUGUAAUAUAGGUCCAAUUCUGUAUUUCCAACUGGGCAUAGGCACCUGAAUAUCCCAUCAGCCCCUUACACACAGGUCUCAAAGUAGAUUCAUUAUCUUUCUUCCCAAAGCUAUUAUUCCUCCUGUGUUUCUUCAAAGGCACCCGGAACUGUGAGCCUGAUUUUGCCUCCUCUUUGGCCCAUACCUAGUGCUGCAGCUCUGCAUUAUUUUCAGAGACUUCUGGCCAGUGGUCUCUGGGAACAAGGCAGAGUGAGGGUUUAUGGUGUGGGUUUUGUUUUUGUUUUACUUUUUAGCAAGAGAAGUUAACUUGGGUAUGAACUGAAAACGGGCAUUACCAUUACACAAUAACACGUAUGUCAUGAUAAUGCCUGGCUAAACAUCUUCUCUGGCUGAAGCAGCAGUUCCAGAUUUUUCACAAUUUGUUUCAUUUUAUGUGAAUCAGCAGGGUAGGAAAAAAUACAUGAAUCUUGAAGACAUACAGAUACGGACUCAACUCCAGAUGUCAUCACUUAUUUUACUUUUCUCAAGCUCAGAUUCCUUACAUUUGAAAUAAUAAUAAGCUACCUCAUAAGGUUAAGAUUAAAUGAGGUACACAAAGUACUGAUUCUAUGUAUGCUCUAAGUAUGUGUUGAAUGAAUUAAAGAAUAAAUGUUCCCCUACCUGGAAUACCUCCUCUCCCAGCUAACUCUGUUUUUGUUUUUGUUUUUUUUUGUUUUUUUUUUUUUGAGACAAGAUCUCACUCUGUUGUCCAGGCUGGAGUGCAGUGGUGCAAUUUCGGCUCACUGCAACAACCUCUUACCUCAGCCUCAGAGUAGCUGGGACCACAGGCGCACACAACCACACCCGGCUAAUUUUUUGUAUCUUUUGUAGAGACAGGGUUUCACCAUGUUGCCUCAAACUCCUAGGCUCAAGCGAUCCUCCUACCUCAGCCUCCCAAAGUGCUAGGAUUGCAGGCAAGAGCCACCAUGCCUGGCCCAGCUGUCCACUCACCCUUUAAAAAUGGAUUGCAACCAUCCUUAAUUUCCCCAGAAUUAUGUGUCCCACUUUGUUUCUGAAGCUCAGCGCAUACCUGUUUAUCAUAUACACUGUAAUUACUGAUGUCCUUGUCGUUCAAGUUAUGUCCCUGAUGUCCAAGUUAUAUUUUGGUAAAUUCCUUAAGGAUCAUGUUUUAUUUGACUUUAUAUCUGCAGCAAUUAGUGUAGUUCCUGACAAAUAGGAACCACUAUUCCCUUCACUAUUUCAAUAAAUGUUGAAUGAAUAUUUUAUACACAGCUAACCAAAGGGCUUGUACCAUAUGCCCUACUAAUUUUAUUCUAAGAAAGUGCGAUGUUCAAAUAUAUUUGAAAAACAGCAGGUAUUUCAACAAUAAACAUGUUAAUUCUGGUUGGGUCAUAUGUAAUGCCCAUGAGAAGAACAAGCAUAAAUACAGACUCUCUAUAUAAAGAUAAUAGCUCAUCCUUACUAAGCACUUAAGCUGUGCCAUUUACUCUGCUAAGCAAUUUACAAUUAUUUGAUUUAAUCCAACGACAUAACUUCUCUGCGGGUUAAGUUCUAUUAUUUGCCUUAUUUUACAAGAUAUGGGGAAACUGAGCACUAGAGAAAUUACAUAACCUCAAGAUCACACAAGUAGUAAGCAGUAGUGCCAGGGUUUCAACCCAGACUUCCUGACUCUGGAUCCUCCACUCUUAAUUACAUGAAACUCAGACUUCUUGGCGGUAACUGAUGCUUCCGAGAUGCUUAAUGUGGUACUCUGACCCGCAAUGAGUGAGCUUCAAUGAGAAAAACUAUGGAGGGACAAACAGCACGUUUUCCCAUAUUCUAUCAAAUCGUGAAGAUACCAAACUAUGAAAGGGUCUACCUGCAAAUUAAGUCCUUGAAGACAAGUAUAUGUAUAUCCGGGGUUUUCCUCCACAUGCUUUCAACACACUACACUUUUCCUCUGGACACAAUAUCUUAAAAAUAAAUAAAUAAAGCUUUGGCUUUCUUUUAAUACGAACACAGUAAUUAUUUUUCUAUUACGACCUGAAAACCUAAAUACUUAAAUACAAAGUCAUCAUUUCCAAGACAGCCAAGAGCCAAGAAUUAAAAAAAAAAAAAAAUUAAGGCCGCAUUUAUAGUUUUGAGGAAUGGAGAUCCAAACAAAACAGUCCACAAGUCAUCUUGGACGCUGAAGUGUGCAGAACUGCUAGGGUAUCUACCCAACCACAUAGGAGAAUUGCGGGUACCCUGAAACCGACAAGUUAGCUUCACGAGCUAACUUACACAAGCCUCUAAAUCAGCUGAGACCAAUCAUUGUUAACGCUCUCCGGGGCCGUCUUGAGGACUCCCAGUUGGCAAUCUGGAACGUGUCCAGAACUUGGUGGGGCGGGGGGGGGGGAUCAUAUUUCGUGGAGAAUGGGGGAGGUGAGCCCUGGGUAUAGGGAUAACUUUUUAACUAGCGUUAAUUGGGGUCUUUGCGGCCAGGCUGUAAAGAUUCCCGCCACACUAAUAUGAAUCAGCCAUGGCCUUUUAAUUGGAACGCCGGAACUCUGCCUUGUUUUAUUAAUAUCUUAAUAACACGUUUCUAUGAUGGACAUGUUGGUUCCUUCUAUUUUAAAACACAGCCACAAACUGAGGCGAUAGCGAUCACGUUAUGCAGUCCCCAAUCGUCCAAGCCGAAUAGGCUGCAUGAAGUAUCACUCAAAAACAUUCAUUACCGUCGGUGUGUUGAGUGGUAACGCCAGUGUGCGAAUUCAUUAACGGAAAUCGCGGGACCCCAAGCGGUUGGAGAUCUGCAACACCCCUCUGCCUGCGUUAAGACAGCCUGAACAGACCUCUGGUGAAUUAAUGCGCAAAAUGGCGGUUGCACGUCUGUUUCCCCACCCCAGCGCACAAUCCUGAGGAAGGACGUCACGUCACCAGGGCAACGACGCUCUUGCGUAAAGGCCCGGCCCAAGGGAACGUUCAGGGCGCCCCGGCUCUCCCCGCUGCUGCUUCUGCUAGGCCCAGUGCGGGACCAGAGCACGAGCCACUCCCGUCGUCCCCGGCCAGGCAGAUGUUGGCCUAGUCCUGGCGCGAACGAAGCGCGCUAUUUCCCUGCUUCCUCUAGGCCAAGCCUGCUUUACGGCAGGGCCCGCCUCGGGAGCGAGCACAGACCGGGGUAGCGAGGCCAGCCAGGCGCCGACGAGGUCCCCGAACGCGCACGCGCUCCGUUCAGCUCCGGGUGGCGGCCGCCGGAGUAGACGUUAGCCAUGGAAACCGAGAGCUGGCCCGGGCGGGGCCGCGGUGAGCUCGUUAUUCGGCCGCCGCAGCUUUUCUGCCUCCUCAUUCGGGCAAUAACCAACCUCCCGGCGGGAGCGCCCAGCCCGGGUUUACCUGCAAAAAUGCGGUCCCUGGGAUGCCUUCGCGUCUUCUCUUCCCUCGGGUGACUUGAGAAACUGCUGUGUUACAGAAAAGCAUGUGACUUUCAGAAUAAUCCCGAGUGAGGAUGAGUCCAGAUGUGCCUCUACUGAAUGAUUACAAGCAGGACUUCUUUCUGAAGCGCUUUCCACAGACUGUUCUUGGAGGCCCUCGAUUCAAAUUAGGCUAUUGUGCCCCUCCUUACAUAUAUGUUAAUCAAAUUAUUCUUUUUCUAAUGCCAUGGGUUUGGGGUGGAGUCGGAACACUUUUGUACCAGUUAGGCAUCCUGAAAGACUAUUAUACAGCAGCACUUUCAGGUGGAUUAAUGCUUUUUACUGCAUUUGUCAUCCAGUUCACAAGUUUAUACGCCAAAAACAAAUCAGCAACAGUAGAAAGAAUACUAACCACGGAUAUCUUAGCAGAGGAGGAUGAGCAUGAAUUUACAAGUUGUACUGGUGCUGAGACUGUCAAAUUUCUCAUUCCUGGCAAGAAAUAUAUAGCCAAUACAGUUUUUCAUUCUGUUCUUGCUGGAUUAGCGUGUGGUCUUGGAACAUGGUAUCUGCUCCCAAAUAGAAUAACCUUGCUGUAUGGCAGUACAGGAGGCACUGCUCUACUAUUCUUCUUUGGAUGGAUGACAUUAUGUAUAGGAGAAUAUUCUUUAAUUGUAAACACAGCUACAGAGACUGCGACUUUCCAAACACAGGAUACUUAUGAAAUUAUUCCUCUUAUGAGACCUCUUUAUAUUUUUUUCUUUGUUUCUGUGGAUCUGGCACACAGGUUUAUGGUAAAUAUGCCAGCUCUAGAACACAUGAAUCAGAUUUUACACAUCUUGUUUGUAUUUUUACCCUUUCUGUGGGCACUUGGGACUCUGCCCCCACCCGAUGCACUUUUCUUAUGGGCAAUGGAGCAGGUUUUAGAGUUCGGCCUUGGAGGCUCAUCUAUGUCAACCCACUUACGGUUAUUAGUAAUGUUCAUCAUGUCUGCUGGAACAGCUAUAGCAUCAUAUUUCAUUCCAAGCACUGUUGGUGUGGUUCUUUUCAUGACUGGAUUUGGUUUCUUGCUGAGUCUGAACUUAAGUGAUAUGGGUCACAAAAUUGGAACCAAAUCUAAGGAUUUACCCAGUGGUCCAGAAAAACAUUUUUCAUGGAAGGAAUGCCUUUUCUACAUCAUUAUAUUAGUCUUGGCUCUUUUAGAAACUAGUUUGCUUCAUCACUUUGCUGGCUUCUCACAGAUUUCUAAAAGCAGUUCCCAGGCUAUUGUGGGCUAUGGUUUGAUGAUAUUACUUAUAAUACUGUGGAUACUUAGAGAAAUUCAAAGCGUAUAUAUCAUUGGAAUUUUCCGAAAUCCCUUUUAUCCGAAGGAUGUGCAAACUGUGACUGUAUUCUUUGAGAAGCAAACUAGGCUCAUGAAGAUUGGUAUUGUCAGACGGAUUUUGCUAACUUUAGUAUCACCUUUUGCCAUGAUAGCAUUUCUUUCAUUGGACAGUUCCUUACAAGGGCUCCACUCAGUGUCUGUCUGUAUUGGAUUCACAAGAGCCUUUAGAAUGGUAUGGCAGAAUACAGAAAAUGCUUUAUUGGAGACAGUCAUUGUAUCAACAGUACACUUGAUCUCCAGUACAGACAUAUGGUGGAACAGAAGCCUGGAUACAGGAAUCAGACUCUUACUGGUUGGUAUCAUACGUGAUCGUUUGAUUCAGUUCGUCUCUAAAUUGCAGUUUGCCGUGACUGUGCUUUUGACAUCCUGGACAGAGAAAAAACAACGUCGAAAAACAACUGCCACUUUAUGUAUACUCAACAUUGUCUUUUCUCCAUUCGUGUUGGUCAUCAUAGUUUUUUCUACACUACUUUCUUCUCCCUUACUCCCUCUUUUCACCCUUCCUGUGUUCUUGGUGGGGUUUCCCCGACCUAUUCAGAGUUGGCCAGGAGCAGCAGGCACCACAGCCUGUGUGUGUGCAGAUACAGUGUACUACUACCAAAUGGUGCCCAGGUUGACUGCUGUACUGCAGACUGCAAUGGCAGCUGGAAGUUUAGGUCUCCUCCUACCUGGAUCUCAUUACUUGGGCCGAUUUCAGGAUCGUUUAAUAUGGAUAAUGAUUCUGGAAUGUGGCUAUACUUACUGCUCUAUUAACAUUAAGGGGUUAGAAUUGCAGGAAACAUCCUGUCAUACUGCAGAAGCUCGCAGAGUUGAUGAAGUUUUUGAAGACGCUUUUGAGCAAGAAUACACAAGAGUAUGUUCCCUUAAUGAACACUUUGGAAAUGUCUUGACACCCUGUACUGUUUUGCCUGUGAAAUUGUAUUCUGAUGCCAGGAAUGUUCUAUCAGGCAUAAUUGAUUCUCAUGAAAACUUAAAAGAAUUUAAAGGUGACCUCAUUAAAGUACUUGUGUGGAUACUUGUUCAAUACUGCUCCAAAAGGCCUGGCAUGAAAGAGAAUGUUCACAACGCUGAAAAUAAAGGGAAAGCACCUCUAAUCUUGCCUGCUUUGAACACUUCGCCACCUCCCAAAUCCCCAGAAGACAUAGAUAGUUUAAAUUCAGAAACUUUUAAUGACUGGUCUGAUGAUAAUAUUUUUGAUGAUGAGCCAACUAUCAAAAAAGUAAUAGAAGAAGAACAUCAGUUGAAAGAUUUGCCAGGUACAAAUUUGUUUAUUCCAGGAUCAGUAGAAUCACAGAGGGUUGGUGAUCAUUCUACAGGCACUGUUCCUGAAAACGAUCUUUACAAAGCAGUUCUAUUAGGAUACCCUGCUGUUGACAAAGGAAAACAAGAGGACAUGCCAUAUAUUCCUCUCAUGGAGUUCAGUUGUUCACAUUCUCACUUAGUAUGCUUACCCGCAGAGUGGAGGACUACCUGUAUGCCCAGUUCCAAAAUGAAGGAGAUGAGCUCGUUAUUUCCAGAAGACUGGUACCAAUUUGUUCUAAGGCAGUUGGAAUGUUAUCAUUCAGAAGAGAAGGCCUCAAAUGUACUGGAAGAAAUUGCCAAGGACAAAGUUUUAAAAGACUUUUAUGUUCAUACAGUCAUGACUUGUUAUUUUAGUUUAUUUGGAAUAGACAAUAUGGCUCCUAGUCCUGGUCAUAUAUUGAGAGUUUACAGUGGUGUUUUGCCUUGGUCUGUUGCUUUGGACUGGCUCACAGAAAAGCCAGAACUGUUUCAACUAGCAGUGAAAGCAUUCAGGUAUACUCUGAAACUAAUGAUUGAUAAAGCAAGUUUAGGUCCAAUAGAAGACUUUAGAGAACUGAUUAAGUACCUUGAAGAAUAUGAACGUGACUGGUACAUUGGUUUGGUAUCUGAUGAAAAGUGGAAGGAAGCAAUUUUACAAGAAAAGCCAUACUUGUUUUCUCUGGGGUAUGAUUCUAAUAUGGGAAUUUACACUGGGAGAGUACUUAGCCUUCAAGAAUUAUUGAUCCAAGUGGGAAAGUUAAAUCCUGAAGCUGUUAGAGGUCAAUGGGCCAAUCUUUCAUGGGAAUUACUUUAUGCCACAAACGAUGAUGAAGAACGUUAUAGUAUACAAGCUCAUCCACUACUUUUAAGAAAUCUUACGGUACAAGCAGCAGAACCUCCCCUGGGAUAUCCGAUUUAUUCUUCAGAACCUCUCCAUAUACAUUUGUAUUAGAGCUCAUUUUGACUGUAAUGUCAUCAAAUGCAAUGUUUUUAUUUUUUCAUCCUAAAAAAGUAACUGUGAUUCUUGUAACUUGAGGACUUCUCCACACCUCCAUUCAGAUGCCUGAGAACAGCUAAGCUCCAUAAAGUUGGUUCUCUUAGCCAUCUUAAUGGUUCUAAAAAACAGCAAAAACAUCUUUAUGUCUAAGAUAAAAGAACUAUUUGGCCAAUAUUUGUGCCCUCUGGACUUUAGUAGGCUUUGGUAAAUAUGAGAAAACUUUUGUAGAAUUAUUAUAUAAUGAAUUUUGUAAUGCUUUCUUAAAUGUGUUAUAGGUGAAUUGCCAUACAAAGUUAACAGCUAUGUAAUUUUUACAUACUUAAAAGAUAAACAUAUCAGUGUUCUAAGUAGUGAUAAUGGAUCCUGUUGAAGGUUAACAUAAUGUGUAUAUAUUUGUUUGAAAUAUAAUUUAUAGUAUUUUCAAAUGUGCUGAUUUAUUUUAACAUCUAAUAUCUGAAUGUUUUUGUAUCAAGUAGUUUGUUUUCAUAGACUUCAAUUCAUAAACUUUAAAAAACUUUUAAUAAAAUAUUUUCCUUCCUUUUCAAA